AUGGACAUCCUAGGAAUUUUGUUCGCACCAGUCCGCAACACCAAAAAGGGCAAGAAACGGAAAUCAAAUACAGGAGCCGACUGCGAGAUAAGAAUGUCUCGAGACUACGAUUCGGAAGAAUAUCCGGUGAAAGCUGUGUAUAUGGCGGGGAAUAGUCGACACCAGGUUUCGUCAACCUUCGUGAAAUCGACACUUGAAUCGCGAGUCAUUCCAGCCGACGAUUUGUACAGAUAUCGGUAUACUUGGAUUUACUGGCGAUUUAAUAACGAACUAUGCCGACUUGGAGACAAAGAUUAUCGAUACAGAAUGGCAUUUGAAGUGGUGUAUUCGAAUAUGCCUUACGAUGUGGUUUUCGGGAAAGUGCCGAAGGAUUCUGGAGAUGUCUCUCAAGAUCCUGUAGAUUAUGCGGUCAGAUUUGGAUGGCUGAGAACGCGGACGAGCUCUUGGAACAAACUAAAGGAGAAAACCAAAAGAACCACCUCUUGGGUAUCAAGCGACUCGAGGCAAGCCGCGCGUCUGCAGCACAAAAGUUCUCAGCACUCAACACUAGUUUCACCCUGUCAAAGUCCAUCUAUAUAUACCGCCGAGUUCCAGGGCACUACUAGUCCCACCCCACUUACACCGUCGGACGAAAUCAAAUCGGCAAAAAACAAGGACAAUCUUCCAAAGAUGACGGCACCAAUAUCUGCUGAAUUGAAGGAAAAUAACAGCACAAAUCGGGACGUCACAAUUCUUUCCGAUCCGAUCCCACCAGGCUGCAUUGAUUUGGCGAACUCAUCUGGGUUUUCUCCAAUGAACAAUUUAUCACGGCCACAAGUGGAGAGCGAAACUGAGUAUGUAAAGGUAGAUGUGGUGGAGACGUCGGAUUCCGCUUGUGCGGGCUUAGCUUUGGACCCUGUCCGUGUUGAUUGGAAUUACGAAACCGACAGCCAGAAUACGCCACCUAUAAAGCAAAAAGAAGAACCUCACCUGACGCGUUCAGAAAAUUGUAAAGAAGAUCUUGUUGAAGAUCUGAACGAAAGAACUAGCCAUGAUCAAAUAGCGACACAACUUGCGGGCGUGAGGAAAAAGAAUUCGAAUUCUUUAGUGGAAAUUCCGACAACCACUCUAUUGGAAGAGCCAGGUGGUGUUGGCGAGAAUAGCGUGGCGUUGCGGACCUCCACUGCUGAUUCGGGAAAAUCUCCGCAAACUUCAGCUCAGGGUGUAAGUGAUGCAAAUGACAGAUCUAGAAAUCAGGAUACGGGAAACCCGGCGGAGAUUUUGCAAGAUGAGUCUAGCCAGGCACCAGAAGUGCCAGUCAUAUCUCAAAAAAUGAUAUCUGGACGUCAAAACAACAGCGCAGAUGAAAUGGAGGUGCCGUAUGCUCUCAAAAAGUUUCUUCGGUCGAGGGAUGAUCCGAUGGCGGUGGACGAUCCCUCGCAAAGAACUUCCGAGUCUAAGCAGGCUACAACUGUUGAGCUGGAGAAUGCUGGUAUUAAGGAUCGACAUUAUAGGCGAAGAGCUGCUACUCAAGAAGACCCAUUUUCGGAUGAAUGCUGCAAUAAUGUUGAUUUUCAACAAAACCUCGAAUUCUCUCGACAAGAGCUACUGCCAGCCAUUUCGAUGGAAGAACUUCCAUCAUGCAGGAAAGAGUGUAAAAGCACACCAAACUGCCAGAAAAAUCGUCCCAAGCUCCCACAUAUUGGUGGUUUAAAGAAGGUAGAGCCAGAGCCGGGCACGAGUUUGGAUCUACUAGCCGCAGAGGACGCUGAUGAAUACUGGGCUUGGGACCCAGUUGUGAAGCAAUACUAUCAUGUAGAUUCCGAGACUGGAUCGAUGGACUGGUACGAGGACUCUGAGAAUGAUGAAAAGAUCAAGUAG